AUUAAAUCUCGAGGAAACUGGAAGAAUGGGUAGCUACACUGGGAAUUCAAUUAUUUGCAUGGGACCAGAAGAAGAAAUUGGGGCAGGGAUACAGGAAGAAAAGGCAGAAGAUGCUAUGGCCAUAAUCAAAGUGGGAAAAGUUCAGUCAAGGGUAGAACCUGGGCAACAUCAACAAUUGAGCCAACUCAAUGCGGAGAUUAAUGAUGAAGAUUGGCGAGUCGGAGAUGUUACUCCUAUCUCUGUUCAGCAUCACAAUUCACUCCCAAAUAAAGAGAUGAAUGCAACACUUUGGGUACAUCAGAAUUUAAUCAGAUUGAGUAAGAGGUUUGGGGUGGAUUUUCAGGGUCAUGAAGAAGAAACUUUGGAGCUUCUAUUGCAAAUUGAUAGUUGCAGACAAAUUAGAAGGAUGGAAUCAGAAUCAGAUAUCAAAAAGAAUAGAUUUAAAGGAUCACAGAUCAACUAUGGAAGAUAUUCAUUAAUCUCAGAGGUAUCUCAUGGACAAUGCCCUCUAAGAUCACUGAAGUGCUCACUAGUUGGGAUGAAGCUGGAACUGGAGCUAGAAGUAGAGAUAUAUGGAGGACUGUCCCUGCAUGUAUAUGGUGGACAAUCUGGAAGGAGAGGAACUCUAGAUGUUUUGAGGACAGCAGCAAUUCAAUGCAGAAGAUCGAAAUGAAUUGUGUCCUACUUUUUUAUUUUUGGUGUAAACAAAGUGGCCAUAAAAUACUGUAUCAAUCCUAGCAGUUCUAGAAUACUGCUAGGACUAUAGCUCAGUAGUCCUUCCUUUUGUUUUCUUGUAAAUAUGGUUUCAGUACAACCUAUGUACUGUUAUAUAAAUACACACAAAUGUUACCUUCUC